AUGGCGAGCCAUACUACAACGAUGGUGGUGGACUAUCUGGUGUUCAUCGGCUUCAUCGCGGUCUCUUUCGUGAUACCGCUGUGGGGCAACUUCCGGGCGAAGAAAAAAGAGACUAAGGCGAACUACGUGUUCGCCACCGGCACCGUGUCGAUGGGCGCGAUGAUGCUGUCGAUCGCACGGGGCACGCUCGGCGUCAGGUCCUUCCUGGGCUAUCCCUCGGAACUGUAUUAUCGCGGCAGCGCCAUGUGGGAGACGCUCUACGGUAUGCUGCUGGCGUACCCCAUCGUCUGCUUCAUCUUCGUGCCCGUUUACUACAGUCUCGGCGUCACAUCGGUCUACCAAUAUCUCGACAUGAGGUUCAAUUCGAAGCUGGUGAGAUGUCUGGCGAGCUUCUCCUACGUUAUACGGAGCCUCCUGAACUUGGCGGUCACGGUAUUCACCCCGUGCGUCGCGCUCAAAGCGGUCAUAGGGCUUCCGUAUUGGGCCAGUAUCGUGGGGAUCACCACCAUUUCCGUGGCUUUCACGAUUAUGGGAGGUCUAAAGGCCGCUAUCCUGUCGGACGUUAUACAAGGCUUGGCGAUGAUCGGAGUAUCAGUGGUGAUCAUCGUGCAGGGAACGGUCAACGUAGGCGGGCCCGCUAACGUCCUGAACGUCACUUACGAGCGCGGCCGCUUGGAUUUCUUCAAUUUCGACAUGGAUCCCACUAUUCGCGUGACGACAUUAUCGGCGACAUUGGGUCAGCUUUUCAUGAGUUUAUCCAUUUUCGGAUGUCAGCAGAACUUCGUCCAAAGAUAUUGCAGCAUGUCCAGCCAGAGGAAGGUCGUCAAGACGAUGAUGGCCAACAUGCCCAUCAUCUUCGUGCUGUUCUCGCUCUCCUGGGUGGUCGGGAUGGUGAUCUUCGCCAAUUACGCCGAUUGCGACCCGAUGAGCCUAGGCUACAUCAGCAAGAUCGACGAGAUCGUGCCGUUCUACGUCGAGGACAAAUUCCUCAACGUGCCCGGCCUGCUCGGCCUCGUGAUGGCGACUCUCUUCAACAGCGCGCUGACAUUGGCGGUGUCGAAUCUGAAUUCCCUGGCGACGGUGACCUUCGAGGACUUCAUCAGCCACAUACCGAGGCUGAGCGACCUCAAAGACACGCAGCAGCUGCGCUUCAUCAAGGCCAUCGGCGUCAUCUAUGGCAUCUUGAUAAUCUGCAUCAGCUUCUUAGUGGCCAUGUUGUCCGGCGUCAUAGAGUCAUCGAUGCUGAUGACCUCGGCUACGUCCGGGCCGCUUCUCGGCGUGUUUCUCCUCGCGAUGCUGGUGCCCUGCGCGAAUUGGAAAGGUGCCGCCUGCGGUAUGAUAUUCAGCCACAUCAUGUCGCUGUGGGUCACCUUCGGCCAUCUGAGCAUCGACACUACCACCACGCUGUUGCCGUUGUCGACCGAGAACUGCCAUAACGACACCUUCUCGCCGUGGGUCACCAACAGACCGAUCCGCUUGGACUACACCACGUCGUCACCGAACAUCACCACCUCGACGACAAGCGCCUACAACAGCGUCACCCCUCCGUCGCCUACCACCACGGCCGAUAACUCGAAUCCGUUGUACGGCCUCUACAGCAUCACCUACAUGUAUUACGCCCUGAUCGGCAGCCUGACCACCGUUGUAGUUGGCAUCGUCGUCAGCCUGAUCACGGCCGACCCGGAGGCCGACAUGUACGAGCAGCACUUGCUGCACCCGAUGGCGCGCAAAAUAGCGGACCUGUUCCCCGGUAAGCGGAGACUCUACAGCAGAGGCAACGACUGCAAGACCGAGAGCACGAUGGACACCUCGGUGACGACCGUGUCCGAUAGCAUCGAAAAGGUGGCGCCACUUCAGGGAGUCGUAGACGACAACGGCAGGAUACAGGUCGACAACAGCUAUAUAGAGAGGCUGAACGCGUUGAAGCACGUGUCGCUCGAUGUGACCAGCGAGGUCGGCAAAAGUACGAACUUGUAAUUCGCCGUCGACUCUCGCGGGAGCACCUCGUCCGCGUCAUUCGUGAUAAUCCCGACGCCGUCGGAAAGUGCGACGAUCUGCUGUGAUGAUGAUGAUAAUGAACUUACCCGAACAAUUCGUGCGCGCGUGUCAUCGUCUCAGAUUCUGUGGUCCCGACCUUCCCUCGGCGGUGACUGGCGAGGAAACCCCGGCUAGGAGUUGAUGAGAGUGUACCUCCGAUUUAUAGUGACCUUAGAUAGGCAGGUUCUAAAACAGGCCUGCCGGCGUUGGACCUAGAUAUGGCCUAGAAAGACAAAUCUUGAGUGGGAUUUUGUGAAUAGACCCUGAAUAGACGCUGACGUGGAUGCGCCUAAGAAGACCUGUGGUUCGUAGGACCCGUUCAAGGCCAGUUGGAUAGAUGAAACUGGUCCUAAAUUGUACGAGCGUUACGUUUCUGUGCAGAGAUUAGAUAGAAGUGAAGAUAAAUGAUAUUGGGCCUUUCCCGUCCCAGUUUUAAAUUUCUACCCGAGAACUUUCUCCUCGAUCGCGCUGAUCGAAUUCGCAUUCUCACAGCUCAAACUAACGCCCGAAGGAAGGCAAUUCGAGAUGGUGCAGUCUAGUACAGUACAGCGCAGCGCGCUGGCGACGCUUCUAACUUGCACGUGCCAAUUACAGUUAACCGCGAGACGCGGCCGACGCGCUUAUAUAUUUAUAUAUAUGUACACAUAUAUACGCUGAGAGGAAAAAAUAUGGAAAAAAUAAGAUAUAUUUAUUCGAUGGGUGCCAAUAGCACACUUACUUAUACCUACAUAUAUAUAUAUAUAUAUGUAUAUAUAUUUAUUUUUUACACCGAGGGAGAAGAUUUCUCAAAUGAGAAAAUA